AUGCAGCUGUCAGCAGUCCUCGCUGCCGCGGGCUGGAUCCCGACUGCGAUGGCCUCCUCCACGCCAGCGCCGUACACGGGCGGCGACAUCUCCGGCUGCGGCAAGACGCACCUCUUCAACGCGCUCCCCAAGAUGCGCACCGUCAAAUCCGGCGGCCGGGACCGCAGCUACCUUGCCCACGUCCCCGCAGGGUACGACAAGAACCACCGGUACCCCGCGAUUGUGGGCUUCCAUGGCUCCGGCGGCGUCGGCUUCUUCUUCGAAGCCGACACGGGACUCGACCAGGCGCGGUAUACGGGCGACAAGAUCACCGUCUACCCGGACGGCCUGGGUGGCGCCUGGGCCGGCGCCAGCUACUCGGCGGCGACCGUCGCCGAGGACCUGCAGUUCGUGUGGGACCUGCUGGCCGACGUGCGCGGCGCGUUUUGCGUCGACAGCGCCCGCAUCUACGCAACAGGCCUGUCGAGCGGCGGCGGCUUCGUCGACACGCUUGCGUGCAACGCCACGGUCGGCGGCGAGUUUGCUGCGUUUGCCCCGGCGUCGGGGUCCUUUUACACCAACAACGAUGGCAACUACAAAGACUGCACGCCCGCGCGCGUGCCGACGCCCAUGCUGGAGUUUCAUGGCGGUCAGGACGCCUCGGUGCGCUACAAUGGUGGUCAAGGAGAAGGCGGCAUGGAGCCGUCCAUUCCGGACUGGUAG